UUCAUUAAAAAUUUAUUAAAACAAAGGAUGGUAUAAAUUACAAGGUACCUAUCAUUAUCAAUGGCAUUUUUAUUUCUUGUAGAACCUCUAGAAAAAUCAGAAAGACUUCACCAAACAUGAUGUGAUGUCUACUGGUGGAGACAGGCCACGAGGUCCAGAGAAGAAGGGGUGGCCUGAUCCAGGGACAAUGAGGAUGUAAUGUUAAAGAAUCAGCUGGAGGAAAGAAGCAACAGGCACCAUGGAAAAGACCAAAACAAAGCAAGGAGAGAAUGAACAUAUGCCGAUGAAUAACCCUUCCACACAGAUUUACCAGUUGCAGGCCUUGGCCUCUGAACUCAAAACUGGUUUCACGGAAGCAAUGCAAGAACUGUCAAGAAUUCAACAUGGAGAAUAUGCUUUGGAAGAGAAGGUUAAGAGCUGCCGAUGUUCCAUGGAAGAAAAAGUUACCGAGAUGAAGAAUUCGUUAAACUAUUUCAAGGAAGAGCUGAGCAAUGCCAUGGCAAUGAUUCAGGCCAUCACUUCCAAGCAAGAAGAAAUGCAACAGAAAAUUGAACAGCUUCAGCAGGAAAAGCGAAGGGAAUCUCGAAAGGUUAAAGCCAAGAAAACUCAAAAAGAAGAACAUGGCUCACAGGCUGGGCCUGUUCAAGCACAAGGAAGUCCUUUCCGUUCAAUCAAUAUCCCUGAGCCUGUUCUUCCAAGUGAAGACUUUACAAACCUCUUGCCUUCUCAGGCCUAUGAAAAAGCCCAAGAAUCCAGAUCCAUGCAUGUAGCAGACAGUAAUGUGAAGGGGAUGAUGGGUCCUGGAAUGAACCCAACAACUCCAGAAGCAGAAGAAAACCUUAAGUCUUGCCUCUCGGCUGAUAUCCAGCCCAAGAGCCAUCUCUCAUCUGGUGUGUGGAGGCAGCCUAAGGAUGGUAAAGAAUGGGGCGAGGAGUAUGUCACGAAAGACCACCCAGAUAAACUCAAGGACGCUGGCCAGGGCAGACACAGCUCCCUGGAAAAUGUUUUAUGUGAAACCUCUUUAGCUGCUAAAAGACAGACCGUGGCUCUAGAACUGCUUGAGUCAGAGAGAAAAUAUGUCAUUAACAUCUCUCUGAUCCUGAAGAUCAAGGCAACAUUCCAAGGGUCAGAUGGAAAGAGGAAUUCCAAAGAGAGAAGCCUCUUCCCUGGCUCUUUACGGUACCUUGUCCAGCAGCACCUCGAUUUGCUUCAUGCUCUGCAGGAAAGGGUCCUGAAGUGGCCACGCCAAGGAGUUCUUGGAGAUUUAUUCCUUAAGUUAACAAAUGAUGAGAAUAAUUUCUUAGAUUAUUACGUUGCCUACCUAAGGGACCUGCCUGAAUGUAUCUCCUUGGUUCAUGUUGUUGUUUUGAAGGAGGGUGAUGAAGAGAUUAAAUCUGACAUCUACACACUGUUUUUUCACAUAGUCCAGCGCAUCCCUGAAUAUCUGAUACAUCUGCAGAAUGUCCUGAAGUUCACAGAGCAGGAACACCCUGACUAUUACCUACUUCUGGUGUGUGUUCAGCGCCUUCGAGUAUUUAUCUCACAUUACACCCUGCUGUUUCAAUGCAAUGAGGAUUUGCUUAUUCAGAAACGGAAAAAGCUCAAGAAGUCAUCCAUGGCAAAGCUGUACAAAGGGCUGGCUUCCCAGUGUGCAAAUACUGGACAAGAUGCUUCCCCUACUGCAGGCCCCGAGGCUGUCCGUGACAGUGGGAUCCACUCAGAAGAGAUACUGCAACCCUACCCUUCUGCUCCCAGUUCUGGCCCUGCUGUCACACAUUUGAUGGCCCCAGUUAAGAAAAGCCAACAACAGCAAAGCCUGAUGGAGAGCAUGCAGCCUGGGAAGCCCAGUGAGUGGGAGAUGGAGGGCAGAAAGCACGAGAGGCCCGAGAGCCUCCUGGCGCCGGCGCAGUUCUGUGCGGCCGAGCAGGACGUGAAGGCGCUCGCCGGGCCCUUGCAGGCCAUCCCCGAGAUGGACUUCGAGCCCUCGCCCGCCGAGCCGCUGGGCAACGUGGAGCGCUCCCUGCGCACCCCAGCCGAGCUCCUGCCCGACCCCCGCGGCUUCGUGCCCGCGGGCUACGAGGAGUUCGAGUACGGCGGCGAGAUCUUCGCGCUGCCCGCGCCCUACGACGAGGAGCCGUACCAGGCCCCGGCCCUCUUCGAGAACUGCUCGCCCGCCUCUUCCGAGUCCAGCCUGGACAUCUGCUUCCUGCGGCCCGUCAGCUUCGCCAUGGAGGCCGAGCGGCCCGAGCACCCGCUGCAGCCGCUGCCCAAGAGCGCCACGUCGCCGGCGGGCAGCAGCGGCGCCUACAAGCUGGAGGCGGCGGCGCAGGCGCACGGCAAGGCCAAGCCGCUGAGCCGCUCGCUCAAGGAGUUCCCGCGCGCGCCGCCCGCCGAGGGCGUGGCCCCGCGCCUCUACAGCACGCGCAGCAGCAGCGGCGGCCGCGCGCCGCUCAAGGCCGAGCGCGCCGCGCAGCCGCACGGCCCGGCCGCCGCCGCCGCGGCUGCGGCCGCCCGCGGCGCGCCCAGGACCUUCUUCCCCCAACAGAGGUCCCAAAGCGAAAAGCAGACCUAUUUGGAAGAGAUGCAUUUAGAAGACACCACCAGAUUCUGUCCAAAGGAAGAAAGAGAAAGCGAACAAACAUCUUUCAGCGAUCAAAACCCCAGGCAAGACCAGAAAGGGGGCUUUCGCAGCUCCUUCCGCAAGCUCUUUAAAAAGAAGUCCAGUGGAUCAGAAUACAGGGAAAAAACUAAUGAGAAUCCCUCAAUGGAUCCUUCACCCACCAAACAAGAUUUCUUCAGAAACCGACUUGCUCUUGCAAAUGACCUUGACCAAGGAACAGCUGUGUAAAACAUACUUAAAGUUGUAUUGUCAAGUGGUAAGAUGAGGAUAAAAAGCUUGUAUAUAUCUGUGUAGGAAUAUAUAUAUAUAUAUAUUGAUGUAUAAAUCCCUGAGGAAAACUAAUAUAAAUACUUACAUAUGAAACUAAGUCAACAUACAAGACAUUGAAGAGAUGAAGAUUAGUCUAUAGUUGAGAGCUGGCUUUUUGAACCUCAACACUUGGGAAAAGGGAAGUGAAGACUUUUCACAGCAUUACAGAAACACAGUAAAUUUGGAAGAAAAUAAAUGUUUGUAAGAACAAAAACUUCCAACUUGAAGUCAUUCCCCCUAAUAUAAUAUAGAGCAUGUAACAUGGAUGUGAGUUUUAUGCUUCCUAGGCACUGACCUUAUGAAUUCAUCCCAGUGUUCUUAGGCUAAUACACACGAUGUUAGGGGCCAGUUCUGUCUUGCCAUAUGUCUUCCAAAAACCCUAAGGCAAUACCUAACAUCCCUUAAGGCAAAGGAUCAAUUAACAGAGUUGUAUUUUACAUGUUGCCCAUCUGAGUUGUGGAGAAUUUGUGCUUUAACUGUGAUAUAGAAGGUUCAAAGCUUAUAGAUACAUUGAUCUCCAAACAGGAAGGGAACCCUGAGAGUAGUAUUUCUCUUGUUCUGUGAUUAUGAAAAUCAGUACAGGGGACAAUGAUUUCUCUUGAAACUGGGAGGCCAAAGAAACAUUUUCCCUCAUGUGGGUUGUGCUGCAGAUGAGAACAGUCUAGAGUCUAUGUGUUACUGAGUAUUUAGGAUUCAAAGAUCCACUAGUGAUCCUGAAUGUCACACACACUCAUGAACAGAUGGACUGGGGGGAAAAGGCACUUAUUUAGCUACAUCCUCUUUUUAAAAAGAUUUUCUUCAGUCUGGAAAGAAGGUUCAAUAACAUCAGUGCUUUAGGAGCUCACACACAGGGGUUGCUACAAAACACCAGGUCAGAAUGAACACUUAGGACUGGCAAUCCUUACUGUGUUUUCAAGAAGUAAGCUGUAAAAAAACCAGAGUUCUUCCAGCUCAGACAGAGGAAUCGCUGCAAUGAGGCUUGCCUGGCUAUGGGGUGAUAGAAUGUGCUGUUUCCACAUGGAUGUGUCCAAGAUGGUCCACAUCCUUGACAUGCCCCAAACGCAAGAAUAAUAGAAAAAAAAAUGUGUUUAAACAAUUUGUCUCUCUUCCCAGGCAGUCAUCUGUAAUAAAUUAGAGGCAUUUCGUUACUGCUCAUUCAAAAUCUUGGUACUCAGACCAACUUCUUUAGAGACUGUUCCUCUAGGAAUGUGCUAUUUGAUAGAAUCCGGGAAGUUCUACUUCUGAGUGUUAAACAGGUUUUCUUCUACUUGUCUGAUGAUUAAUUAGGAACUCAUCCAUUAGCAUUUUGAACAAUAGGUGAUCUGGAACACUUAAAAGAUCACUGCCAAGUUUGGGGAGUUUCCAGUAUUUAAGUGUAAGCCAAGCUUUUCAU